UCAACCACCGGUGGAUGCUGGUUUAGUCUACGUAGGAUCUUUCCACUAGCUGGAAUUACCGGAUACGGGUGUGUGUUUUUCUAGGUUGAAAUAUAUUCUCACCUUCUGCGUGAAAAUUAUUCGUAAAUGAAUUAUUUUUAGAUUUUCAUCCAAAGAUCACUUUACUCAUUGUCAUUGUAAUCGGACUAUAGCAGCGGGUGAAAAUGGCCGAUGUGGACGAAGUAGUAUCGACAGCUUCCGAAGCCUGGUUGAUCGAUUCAACUACCGCGACCUCCGUUGCUGCAAACGGUUACGCGCAGAGUGUGGAUGAAUUGAGCCGGUCACUGCAGCGAUUUAACUGGCCAGACUAUUUGGUGUUUGUGCUGAUGUUAGUUAGUUGCAUUUUUAUAGGAAUCUUUUUCGGUUACAAAGAUCAUGUUAAGCACAAAAAUCGAAAAACUGCUCGGCGGGAUUCAGAAGCUCUCGAUUAUUUGGUUGGUGGGAGAAAGAUGAAAAUUUUUCCCGUGGCGGUUUCUCUAGUGGCCAGCUGGAUUUCAGGAAUUUCAUUAUUGGGAACUUCCACGGAGAUCUACGUAUAUGGAACACAAUACUGUUAUAUAGUAUUUGCCAUAAUACUGAUGGGAUUUGUGAUGCAUUAUAUAUUUCUUCCCGUGUUUCACGACUUGCAGAUAACUUCAGCCUAUGAGUACUUACAGCUGCGAUUUGAUAAGCGGAUGAGACUAUUAGGGUCAUUAUUGUUUACUUUGGCUUUGCUUCUAUGGCUCCCGAUAGUUGUCUACGUCCCAGCGUUGGCAUUUAACCAAGUGUCUGGAGUUAAUAUUCAUGUCAUUACGCCAAUUGUUUGUCUAGUAUGCAUAUUCUAUACUAGUGUGGGCGGUGUAAGAGCUGUAGUGUGGACGGAUGUCAUACAGACAGCUAUCAUGGUUGGCGCGAUGAUUAUCGUUAUCGUGAAAGGAACCAUAGAUGUCGGAGGGCUUGGUGUGGUUAUUGAAAGGAACUCUAUAGGACAGCGGUUUGACAAACCAGAUUUCGAUUUUGACCCAACGACUAGAAAUACAUUUUGGAAUCUCUUUAUUGGUGGAACAUUCUUCUGGACGUCUACCAACGCAAUCAAUCAGAACAUGCUUCAACGGUAUCUAGCACUUCCCACGUUAGGUGCUGCGCGGAAAGCUUUAGUCUUUUUCAUGGUAGGAACAACGGCUGUUUUGGCACUAUGCUGUUAUAACGGUCUCUUGAUCUUUGCAAUGCAUCAUGACUGCGAUCCUCUCAGUACCGGUCUAGCCAAGGCGAAAGAUCAGUUAGUGCCAUUGCUCGUCAUGGAAGUUCUAGCCAUUUACCCAGGCCUAGCGGGACUUUUCGUUGCUGGUAUUUUCAGCGCAGCGCUGAGUUCCUUGUCUACGGGUCUAAAUUCACUCUCUGCUAUUGUGUUGGAAGAUUUUUGUAAACCAUUCGUAAAACGUCCUUUAAGUGAAACGCAAACUCGAUACUUAAUGAGAGCGACAGUUUUAAUCUUCGGAGCCUUAGCAGUAGUUUUGGUGGUGGUAGUUGAGAAGAUGGGAGCAGUUCUACAACUGUCUAUGAGCUUGGGACCAGUUACACUAGGACCGCUUUUUGGACUAUUUUUGAUGGGAAUAUUUAUUCCACGCAUUAAUGGAACGUGCGCCAUAAUUGGAACUAUUGGCGGAUUGAUAACGAUGGGUUACAUUGUAAUUCGCUCGCAAAUUUCGAUCGCGCUAGGAGAGAUUGUGUUCGCUGAGAAACCGGUGACGGUUGCUGGUUGUGCGUAUGAUUUCACUCCGCUAAACAAAACUUCCUCUUUCCCUGCCGACAGCUCUCAAAUGACGGUGGAAAAAUCGUUCCACCACGUGUCAUUUCUCUACUACACCAUGAUAGGAUCAUUAGUACCUACCAUUAUAGGUUAUCUCUUUUCGGUUGUUAUGAGCUUCACUAUCGGAUACCGACCGGAGGACAUGUACAUUGAUCCUCUUCUAUUAGCACCGUUUUUGCGCAAAUAUCAUCAAUCAACUAAGGUGAAAAACAUGGCAGAAGUAUUACAUGAGUUUGAAACGAAAGAUAUUCAGCUUUGAAGCUACACUUGUUUGGUACAAGGGAAGCAGAAUAAAGUGAAAUAUUUCAAGACUGAAGAGAAAUAUUGCAGCUUUUAGUACUUAGAGAAAGCCCUGCCUCG